AAAGUUUGCUCUUUCCAAUCCAAUCAAUAAUUAGUUAUCUGUGGUGAACUGUCAGUGUCAAAAUCAAAAUCUAUACAGUCAAAUUGGUUGUCAACAUUAGAAAAUUAUCUUCAUUUGUUAUUAUUAUUUCAUUUAAUUUUAAAUUCAAGAAAUAUUAGUUAGUUAUGAAGUAGUGAAUUUAAUACAUAACAAAUAUGGGGAAACACAAAAUGAUUGCGAAAAGUUGUCCGAAAUGCGAGUUACAGGUAGCCGUAGCCUCAAAGUCUUGUAAAUGUGGCCACACAUUCUUCGCGGCUCGUCGAGGAGCGGACUGUUUACCAGCUGUAGAGGACAUUCGGAGACGCACCGGCAGAGUGAGACGAUCACAACCACAGUUUUACGAUGCUCAACAUUAUCAGAAACAAAUUAAGAGAAGAUCUCCAAAAAAGCGGUCCCUAUCGCGUUCUAUGGAUGAAGAUAAUAAACCAAAGGAUAAAAAUGAAAGUGCCCGCGCCCGUCGCCGCCGCGCUCUUCGUCGGGCGCAACGGCCCCCGCCCGGUAACAACAGCGGCGAGAGGACUAGAGACCCUACACCCCAACUAAGACCCCCGCAGUUAGCAAGAUGUCGCCUCAUAUUACAGGAGAUAAAUAGAAAGAUUUCAUCUGUUACGUGGCAGCCACCGGCCGAUAUGUAGUUUAAUAAAAAGAAUUUAUAAAUAUUAUAACCUAAUUUCUGUAUGGA